CUCACACUUCUCUCUCCAAUCAAUUAGGGAAGAAGAUGGGUCUCCCCACACACACAUCGAAGGAGAGAAUCGAGAGAGGAGGCGAGAAAGACGCUGACUUGACGAGAAUUGUUUGGCUGAGAGGAGAUUCGGAGACCCAAUUUCGUAAAUUACUAAUCUUUUUAUCAUUUAGAUGGGUGUUGGUGGAAAUCUCGUUGACGGUGUUCGUCGUUGGCUUUUUCAUCGUCCUUCUUCUUCUUCUUCUUCUUCUUCUUCUUCUUCUUCUUCCUCCAAUAAUAAUAAUAAUCACCAACACAUAAAGUCUGAUACUUUUUCUAAUCCCGAUCAAUCUGGAGAUUCUAAUGAGCUUAUCCUUACUGAAGAUCUCGAUUUCUCUGGGCUAAAGCUUAUCAAGGUUCCUACACGUAAUCACUUACCCAUGGAUCCUCAAAAGAAGGGUGUGCAGGAGACUGAGUUCUUCACGGAGUACGGAGAAGCAAACAGGUACGAGGUUCAAGAAGUCGUUGGCAAAGGAAGCUACGGUGUUGUGGCUUCUGCUCUAGACACCCACACCCGCGAAAGAGUCGCCAUCAAGAAGAUAAACGAUGUCUUUGACCACGUCUCCGACGCCACCAGGAUUCUCAGAGAGAUCAAGUUGCUCCGCUUGCUUCGUCAUCCUGAUGUAGUGGAGAUCAAGCACAUCAUGCUACCUCCUUCCCGCAGAGAGUUCCGGGAUAUUUACGUUGUCUUUGAGCUGAUGGAGUCUGAUCUCCAUCAGGUGAUCAAGGCUAACGAUGAUUUGACUCCUGAGCAUUAUCAGUUUUUCUUGUACCAGCUUCUCCGUGGUCUGAAGUAUGUUCACGCAGCUAAUGUGUUUCAUAGGGAUUUGAAACCAAAGAACAUUCUUGCUAACGCUGAUUGCAAACUCAAGAUAUGUGAUUUUGGACUCGCUCGUGUUUCUUUUAACGACGCACCAACCGCUAUAUUUUGGACUGAUUAUGUAGCUACUCGGUGGUAUCGUGCCCCUGAACUCUGUGGAUCGUUUUUCUCCAAAUAUACACCUGCGAUUGAUAUAUGGAGUGUGGGUUGCAUUUUUGCUGAAAUGCUAUUGGGUAAGCCUUUGUUCCCCGGGAAAAACGUGGUCCACCAAUUGGAUCUUAUGACUGACUUUCUCGGCACGCCACCGCCUGAGUCCAUAUCAAAAAUUAGAAAUGAAAAGGCGAGGAGAUACCUUAGCAGCAUGAGGAAAAAACAGCCAGUUCCUUUCUCUCAUAAGUUCCCUAAAGCUGAUCCUUUGGCUCUCAGGCUUCUUGAACGCCUUCUUGCGUUUGAUCCUAAAGAUCGUGCAUCAGCUGAAGAUGCACUCUCUGAUCCAUACUUCAGUGGUCUGUCGAACUCAGAGCGUGAACCAUCAACGCAGCCAAUCUCAAAGCUUGAGUUUGAUUUUGAGAGAAAGAAGUUAAACAAAGAUGAUGUCAGAGAAUUGAUUUACAGAGAGAUAUUGGAAUAUCAUCCUCAGAUGUUGGAGGAAUACAAGCGUGGUGGUGAUCAGCUUAGCUUCAUGUACCCUAGUGGGGUUGAUCGAUUCAAGAGGCAGUUUGCUUAUCUUGAAGAGAAUCAAGGUAAACCAGGGGCGGGAGCAGGAGGAGGAAGAAGUACUGCACUUCAUAGACAUCAUGCUUCGUUACCAAGAGAGAGAGUUCCUGGUCCGAAUGGUGAAGCUUCAGAAGGAAGCAGUGAUGUUGAGAGAAGAGCAGCAGCUGCUGUGGCUUCGACCUUGGAGUCUGAGGAAGCAGAGAGUGGAGGAGGUUACAGUGCUCGUAGCCUCAUGAAGAGUGCCAGCAUCAGCGGUUCUAAAUGCAUCAAUGUCCAGUCUAAAACCGACACAAAGGACACCAUAGCUGAGGAAGGAGAUGAUGAAACAGUUGCAGAGCUUACUGAUAGAGUUGCUUCUCUUCAUAAUUCUUAAAAUAAAUUUAGUUUUUUUCGAUUUUGGCGAAAAUUUAUGGUGAGAAAAUUGGUUUUUCUCCAUAUUUUCUGCUCCCUUCUUCCACAACUAUCUUCGUGGUUGGGGUUUGAUUUGUUGUAUUUAAAAGUUUGGGGUAAGAAUGAGAACUUUGAACAAGAACAUCGAUCUCCAUGUAAUUUUUGUUUUAUCCUUUUUAUACAAACUGGUUUUACCGA